AUGGCGGACGUCCGGCGCACCACUUUUUUCUUGCGUUUUGAGCGACUGAUGAAGACCUACCUCCCUUCCAUCGAUGGGUUCAAUGAAGCCUUCUCCGAGGAGAAUAUGGCUGAGAUCUCGUCUGUUUUGAAGAAUGCGUGUGCACCUCCCGCCGCUGGUAGAAAAGGGAGCACGACAGAUAUGAGGGGGGAGGAGAUUGUCUCGGCGGCAUGGGCAAGGAUGGAUAAGAAGCACAAUCUUUGUCCGGGACACGUGUUGAAUCUGUCAGAAGACAAAUCCCAAGGAACGGACAAAUUGCGGUACAAGAUCGACGGCUCCUUCAUCUCGGACGUCGACAAGGGCACUAUCGUGCCUGGUGCCACGAACUGGGCUUUGCAGCGAUUACCUGUCGAGUUCAAGCGCGGGGGCAUGCACCUCGAUGCCUUUGAGGAUCGGUCAGGCAAGGAUACGAAGGACGAGGAGGAGAUGGAGGAUGAGGAGGAGAAGGGGGACGAGGCAGAGACUCGUCGCUUUGUGAGGGGACAGCUGAUGUCUCAUGCCGAACGCGUCUUCACAUAUCAACACCGUACCGCGCUGUUCAUGAUCUUCGUGAAUGGCCCCGAGUUCCGCGUUAUCCGAUGGGACCGUUCCGGCUGCAUCGUCACCGAGGCUCUGAACUACGUCGAGACACUCGAACACACAAAGCGACUCCUUCACUUCCUCUACGCCUUCUCGAAAAUGACACCGGAACAACAGGGCGUCGACACCACGGCGGUUCCUUUGUCGAAGGACUCGUGUGGUUGGAAGCGGAUGGAUGCCCUGUCUUUCGCCCAUCGCCACGACGUCAAAGAGCUGGAGCGAAAGAUCACUGCCAUUCCCAGCGAUUUCCUUGGCCCUGCUGACGAUCCUGGGAAAUCUCCUCUCUUCGAGCAUGGCCUACUGCACGACGACCCUGCUGCGACGUGCAAUUACCAGACUGAUCACCCACCCCGCCCGAGAUGCUCCGAGAUACGGCCUGUGUUUGAAUACGUCCGUACGCUCUUCCAACAGUCGGUGCCCAAGGGUUGGCCUCGCUACAAGGUGACCGUCGAUGGACGGGUCUACCUGAUCGGCAAGUCCAUCACCCCCUCUUCCGGUCUGUUCGGUCGUGGCACGCGUGGGUACAUUGCUCUGGAGUGGGAGACUCAACGCUUCGUCUUUUUGAAGGAUACGUGGAGACCACAUUAUGUGGACCUUGAGCACGAGGGCGAUAUGCUCCAGAAGCUGAACACAGCGAAAGUUAGCUGUGUUCCUACUCUCGUCUGUCAUGGCGCUGUCGGACAGCAGAAGACGGAGGCGUCGGAGUAUUCGCCGAUCACUGGCCACAAGAAGCCCGACGUGCAGGGGUCUGAGGCUCCUCACGACGAGGUGAAGGCCCCGGAACGAGACAAAUCGAAGCGACACAUUGCCAGCCUUCCCUCGAGGGCGAGGGGCUCGGACUCGGUUGUCAGGACUAAGUCAUCCGUUAGCGAACCACGCCGCGGUGGCGCUAGCGAGCCUCUAAGGCCCAGCGACCAACGCGAUGACAAGGCCGCUAGCGAUGCCCAGAGGCCUGGAGACAAACGCGACGACAGAGGCACGAAACGGCCCCGCCUGGCUACGUCGGAAACGGAUGCCUGCGACGGUGUCGGUUUGCCUCCCAUGCAACAUUAUAGGAUAGUGGUUGCGGAAGUCUGCUUGGAAGUGACGUCUUUCCUGUACGGACAACAGCUGGCUCGCGUCAUAAUGCACUGCAUCAUUGCCCACUGGCAAGCUGUGGAAAGUUGCCAUAUACUGCACGGUGAUGUCAGCGCAGGUAAUAUCUUGAUCCUACCCACUAUUAAGUCUGGGUGGAUCUAUUGGACUGGGAUCCUGAGCGAUUGGGAGCUCUCCAAGUUCCUUCCCGGGGACGAGGAAAAGCUCAAGGCUGGUCAAACACGUCGGGUGGGCACCUGGUACUUCAUGUCCAUUCGCUCUGUCGCGUAUCCUCAUCGUCCCCUUGGUAUUCCUGAUGAGCUCGAAUCCUUCCUCCACGUCAUCAUCUUCCUCGCCAUACGCUUCAUACGCAGCAAUUGCACUUUGUCGGUGGUCCAUAGCUUCAUCAAUGACUACUUUGACGGGGUGACUAAUCAAGGGAGAAACCGGUAUACGUGUAGUGAGACUAAGAUCUCCACGAUCAAGCAGGCAAGGCUCCGUCACGGCAAUGUCAAAAUCGCCUUUAUGGGCGGCGCAGAAAGGCUCGGUAAAGACGACCAGCCACUCGAGGGCGAUGGGCACCCUCAUCAUCCUCUCCGCGACCUGCUCGCCGACCUGCUUAAGCUCUUUCAAGCUCGUUACGCGGUCGAGGAGUGGGAGGCUCGCUCGGCCCAAGUGGCUCGGGCGAAACAGACGGCCACGGCAUCUCCGCUACCUUCGCUACUACCGACAGUUGCAUCGCGAGAUGGAGACUAUCAACGACCGCCUAGCGAAAUCCAGGCCCUGAACAUCAAGCGAUCGGGCGCCCGCAAGGCCAAAAAGGCCAACGUGUUGUCUGAACCCACCAAGCCAAGCGAGGAGACGUUCGAGGAAGCCGAGAAGCUCGACAGCCAUGAUGCUGUGCUGGAGGUGUUCGAGGACUAUGUCAACAGUCCUGAAAUCGUCUGGCCUCUUGACGAUAAGGUUGAGGACGAACUGCAAGGGCACCAACACCCCGACCUAUCUGCGAAUGCCGAAUGGGCUCGUUCGACUAUGCAGUCCACAAUGCUCCCGACUCGCAAAGUCGACGAACAGCCGAUUCGUGCUCAAACUGAUUCGUGA